GGCCGCGCGCCGGUCCGGGAUGAGCGCGCGGAGCUCCCGCGCGGGACGGAGCCGCGUGAGUGACGCUGGAGAGUGAGGCCUCCGGCUGGCCGCCCGCAUGGAGCCGAGCAGCGCAGAGGCGGCCUCCACCCGGUUCCUCGGCCUCACUCAGCGCUCUGUCUCUGAAGAUCUGGGUUGCAGACGUGGAGAGUUUAGCAGAAAGCAUUACGGAUCUGUGGAGCUUCUUAUAUCUAGUGAUGCUGAUGGAGCCAUUCAACGAGCUGGACGGUUCCGUGUGGAAAAUGGCUCCUCUGGUGAGAACACAGACUAUGCUCCGGGUACAUGGCACAGAACAGAUGUGCAUUUGGAAAACCCAGAAUAUCAUACAAGAUGGUAUUUCAGAUAUUUUUUAGGGAAAGUUCAUCAAAAUUACAUAGGUACGGAUGCAGAGAAGAACCCUUUCCUUCUGUCUGUUGUACUCUCUGACCAAAACAAUCAGCGCAUUCCUCAAUACCAUUCAAUACUCUGGAGAAAAACAGGUACUCAGAAAAUAUGUCUCCCUUAUAGUCCCACAAAAACAUUAUCAGUGAAAUCCAUAUUAAGUGCUAUGAAUCUUGACAAAUUUGAGAAGAGUCCAAGGGAAAUUUUUCAUCCUGAAAUACAAAAGGAUUUAUUGGUUCUUGAAGAGCAAGAGGGAUCAGUGAAUUUUAAAUUUGGAGUCCUUUAUGCUAAGGAUGGGCAGCUUACAGAUGAUGAAAUGUUCAGCAAUGAAACCGGAAGUGAAAGCUUUCAGAGAUUUUUGCAUCUCUUGGGUGACACAAUUACUUUGAAAGGCUGGACAGGCUACAGAGGAGGACUGGACAUUAAAAAUGAUACAACAGGAACCUGUUCCAUCUAUACGGUUUUCCAAGGGCAUGAAAUUAUGUUCCAUGUUUCAACCAUGCUACCAUAUUCUAGAGAGAACAAGCAGCAGGUAGAAAGGAAGCGACAUAUUGGAAAUGACAUCGUCACUAUUGUCUUUCAGGAAGGUGAAGAGUCUUCUCCAGCAUUCAAGCCAUCUAUGAUUCGCUCUCAUUUUACACAUAUUUUUGCCUUAGUGAGAUAUAAUAAGCAGAAUGACAGUUACAGGCUGAAAAUAUUUUCAGAAGAAAGUGUUCCUCUCUUUGGGCCUCCCCUUCCCUCCCCGCCCGUAUUUACAAAUCACCAGGAAUUCAGGGAUUUUGUGUUAGUGAAAUUAAUAAAUGGGGAAAAAGCCACCUUGGAAACCCCAACAUUUUCUCAGAAACGUCAGCGCACUCUAGACAUGCUGAUCCGCUCUUUAUACCAAGACCUGAUGCCUGAUCUACACAAGGUAAAUAACAUGCUCAACAGAAGGUCCUUCAGUGAUGUGUUACCAGAGUCCCCAAAAUCAACACGGAAAAAAGAGGAAGCUCGGCAAGCAGAGUUUGUCCGACUUGGUCAGGCACUGAAAUUGAAAACCACUGUGAAAGGGGAUGCCACAGCUAACGUGGCAACUACAAGUUUUGGUAAAAAGGAGCCUUGGGAAUCUCAGUCUUUCUGCAGUAAUUUUCCUCAUGAGGUGGUCUGUGCAGAUUCUUGGGGCCAGUCCUUGCUGGUUUCUACAGAUGCUGGCAUCUUGUUAUUAGAUGAUGGCCAGCCAUCAGUGCAAGUGUUUGAUAAAACUCUCCAAAUAAAGCAGAUGCAUGUGUUAGAAACUCUGGAUCUUUUGAUUGCACGAACAGACAAAGGGAAGGAAUCUCGUCUCCUUGUCUUCAGACUCAGUGCUGUCCAAAAAGAUAUAGAAACAAAGCAAAUUAUAAGGAGCAAAUACAACUGCAGAGAAAAUAAACUGGAGAGAACAAAAGGCUGCCAUUUGUACGCCAUUAAUACUCAUCAUGGCAGUGAACUGAGGAUUGUUGUGGCUAUUCGGAACAAACUACUUCUCGUCACAAAGAAAUAUAAUCCACACAACAGUUUAACCAGCAGCUCUCUGCUACCAUCGUCUGAAUCUCCAGUAGAGGAGUUCCAGUACAUCCGGGAAAUAGGCCUUUCUGACCCUCCAGUGGUUAUGACAUUGGUGGAUGGACCUACUGAAGACAGUGACAAUAUGAUCUGUGUAGCAUAUCGGCAUCAGUUUGAUUUAGUUAAUGAGAGUACCGGAGAAUCUUAUAGAUUGCACCAUGUUGAAACAAACAAGGUUAAUUUUGUUGCAGCUAUUGAUGUAUAUGAAGAUGGUGAAGCUGGUCUACUGUUGUGUUAUAACUAUGUUUGCCAAUACAGAAAGGUAUAUCCUUUCAAUGGAGGUUCUCCACUGAUCCAGCCAUCACCUUACGACUUCCACUUCAGCUGGAAUCAAGUUCCUUAUGCUGUUGUCUGUGCUUUCCCUUAUAUCCUUGCCUUCACUACUGAUUCCAUUGAGAUCCGGUUAGUGGUGAAUGGGAACUUAGUCCACACAGCAGUUGUGCCUGAGCUGCAACUUGUAGCAUCAAGGUCAGAUAUUUACUUUAAAGCUACUGCUGCCGUAAGUGGAUCAUCUGACAGCAGUUUUAAGGAAAUCUGUUCAAGGAGUUCUCCUCAAACACCAACAGCAUAUCAAAUGCCAGAAUGUCCUCUUUCUUCACUAGAAGCUGAAGUUCCAUGCAAAAGCCUGUACAAAAUUCCUCUCAGUAAUCUGGUUGGGCGAAGCAUUGAACGACCUCUGAAGUCACCUUUGGCUCCCAAAGUUAUCACUACUACAGCAUCCAGUGGCAUUGCCUCUCUUCCAGUUACUCACUCGCUAUCCUUAUCUCGUAUGGAAAUUAAAGAAAUUGCAAGUAGAACACGUAAAGAAUUGCUGGGCCUCUUGGAUGAGCCUGUACCCAAGACAGAAAGUGCACAGAAGCAAAAAAAGGUUCCUCGAAGACAGUCAGAUCCCAAGCAGGGAACAGUAAGAUCAACUAGUAGUGACAGGAUAGUCUCAAGCUCUUUUGAAAGCUAUGCUGAAGUACGUCAUCUUUCCACUAGUUCAGAUCCUGAUACUUUAGCAAACAGGGAGGAGAGCUCAACAUCCAGCUGUCCUUUUCAGCCAAUUUCUGUAUAUGAUGAAGACAUCAUUGACUUGAAGUGAAAACAGUCUUAAAACCUUACUUCCUUACUUCACAUUUUCUUACAAAGGUAUGAGCUCUGUGGAAGCGGCACAGAUGUGGUAAAAUGUGGCUGGAAGUAUUGAUGAUUAGUUUUUAUAGAACCCAUGUUGUUCUGGAUAGCUCAGCCUAAUUUGGUGGUGCUUGUAUCCUUGACAUAGGUAUGUUGUUUUUUUCUCACUUAAUAAACCAUUACUUUUUGUGGCAUUCUAAAAGUAGAUAAUCAAUGAGAGACGUAGGCUGAAACAGAAUAAAAAAUACUAUUUGUUCUGAGCUUCUUAAAAUUUGAAGUACCUGAAUGACAUUAAUCUAAGUUAAUUGCUGUUAUCACUAUCAUAAGUUGUUUUACAGCAGUGUUAUAUCAUGUGGGAAAAGGAAUUUUAUAAUGUAGAUCACUCCUUUUGGUUUUCAGCCUUUUGAAAAACAAACAAAAAAAAACCCACCCCAAAACAAAAAAACUAAACCCAACAAACUAAAAUAAAAAAAGGCUUGCAAUCAAGAUCUUUCCAAACAGUGUAGUCUGUCCUUGAAAUGAUGCAGCUGUGGUAUGCUCACUGAAGAAUCAAGGAUGUUCUAUAAAGAUCAGGUAAGAUACGAAGAUGUUACUUUCUUUAGUCUGGCCUGUCAAUGGACAUUUUUUAGAGAAACUUGAAGACUGUUCUGGUAUUAAGAAUCCUUGAGCAGAGAGACUUUUUAUAGAAAACACAAACUUUCUAAAUACUCCUUAAGAAUUUGAAGUUAAAAUAAAAAAAUAGAAAAAAGCAAAACCCAAAUGUAUUCCUCCAUCUACUAGAAAACUGUUACUGUAGUACGCCUACAGAUUCUCCCAUUACAGGCAGAAGAACCAACCCUUGAUUUUCUUUCUGACUACACAAAUAUUCCUAUGCAGGCAUCAGCAUUAGCUGUUGUCUGCUCUUGCUCCAACAGUGUAACUCAUUAUUUGAGAGAAUCAUUUUUCUGACUGGAUCCAGACUGAAAUUUCAUUGCUAAGCAGCUGGUUUUCUAUGAUUAAAUAGUAAUUUUAGAUCUUUUGUUACAUUAAAAAGACAGGGUUUCAUGUUUAAAGCUUGAUUAUUUUUUAACCCUUUCCCUCUAUGCCAAAAACCAGUUUUAAAAAAUAUUUUGAAAGGGUUUAGUUUUUUCUUUUGUCUCAUGAAAGCGUGAUGCUUCUAGCCUUUUUAUAUAUAAAGAUUUUAGCUUUAUUAGCAAGUAUUUGCUGUUCUAUAUGUAGGAAUACUUCUGUAUCCUUGAUUUUAUAUUGUAAUACUAUUCAUGUGUCAUGAUUUCACUUUCUGCCCAAGCAUGACCAUCUGGAGAUGUGUGCCUUUUGCUUAAGUCUGAAUGUAAAAUCUUUUUUGCAAAGUAUUUUUUGCCUAGUUUCUUGUAUAUGAGGGCUUAGUUGCUCCACGUAAAAAAAUAGGCAAGACCUUAUAUAAAAUGAUCAUUUCUUACUCUCAGCCUAAGUGGCUGAUCAAGGAAAGAAGCAAUAUUUUCAACAGGAAUUAAUCUAGGAGCAGAAACAGUAUUUACCAGUGGAUACUAUUACUUGCACCCAUAAAAGUGUGGGGUGGACCUUAAUAAGCAUCUAAAAGGAAGUGCCAGCUCAAAGUCUUUGCAUGAGCUUACAAUUCUUUUUGAGAAUGCUAUUUCCAGGGAUUGUGUUAAUUUACCCUGUCCUAUUCGUCUGGGCAGCUAAGGUUUAAAAAAAAUCAAUCUGAAAGUAUCACAGAGUGCUGAUUCUCCUGAAGGUUAUAAACACUUAUGUAGACUUACCAAUUCCAUUUAGGGAGCACUGCUUGCACUUAGAUAUUUUUAGAAAGUAAAAGUAAAUUAAUUUCUUGAUGUAGUAUUUAAUUUCUGUUAUAGGGGUGUUUUUGAAGACUGUACCAGUGUGAUGCAAAACCGUGUCUUUAGUUAAAAUACAGUUUUAACUGGAAACUACUUUGCACUGUUACAAUAUCAAAUUUUAAAUAUAUUGCAGAUAUUCCCCUGUGCUGUUCUAGAGUGACUGAACAUGACUUAGCCAUAGAUUGAUAGCAGUUGAAGCAGUAUUUGGAGAUUUUAAAACUGGUUUUGAAGAACCCAAAAAAAUACAUAUUUAGGUAUGCUGAAAGCCAACCCUUGGAGAUGUAAUACUGGGAAGAAGAAUGAGAAAAGCUUGACUGAAAGCUUGGCCACUAGGCAUGGUGGUAGUCAGGAUGCAUAUAGAUGCGGCAUUUGUGUCAUAACAUAGAGAUGACUGAAGAAAGAAGGGGCCAUAAAUCAAAAGUCUUCAAGCAGAGCCUCAGCAGUGAAGUAAGGUAUAGCUGUAAAGUAAGAGGGGGUGUGUGUGUGAGAACUUUUGAAGGUCUGCCUGUAAUCACAGUAUUGAUGACAUCCAUCAAUAGUAACAAAUGUUUUGUUUGUUUGUUCUGGCUGUUUUGGUUUCUUGGGGUCUGGGAAUGGGGUUGUGGGGUGGUUUUGUUUGGGUUUUGUUGUUUGUUUUUUGCAAUACAAUAAUGUACAGGAUGCAAGUGGCACCCAGAAUGAAUAGCAGAUUUGCUGUCUGCCUUCAUGUGACUCUUUCUACACAUAAACAAGCAUUUGUAAUUGAGCAGUAGAUUCAAACUGAAAUACUUUUUUUUUUUAUGUAUAUUUUUUUUUACUAUGAGGCCAGUCAACUGAAUAAAUUUUUAAACAGUUCUUAAUAGGGCAGGAGACAGGUAGCACCCAUGUGAAGUGUAACACUGUUGCAUAAGCAGUUACGGUCAAGGUAGUAGCUCCUGACGUUAACUUGCAGUGGUUCUAUGUAUAUUUGACCAACCCUGGAUUCAGGCUUAUGCAUGUUUUCCUAAAGGUGUGGAUCUAUACCUUGUGCUUGCAAAUGCAGCAGCUUUCUCACAGCUAAUGGCUUAGUCUGCAUUUGAGAGAUAUAAUCCUAUGGGUUUGGAUUUAGUUUUUAAUAUAUAUAUACAUAUGUGUGUAUAUACAUGUAUAUGUGUAUAUAUUUGUAGUUUCUACCACAAGUUUUAAGGGAUUAAAAGCCCUAAGUGCAUAUAUAUAUAUAGGAAUCUAAAGCAAUGUGAUCUUACUGGGGGGAUCCCAUCUGCAAGUAUUUCAGAAUUGGUUUUGUUGUCUUCAGUGUAUGAAAAUGAGUACCAUAGUAUUGGCAUUAUUAACUGUUUGAUGUCAUGGUUCAUAUGCAGAGUGUUUGCUAAUUACAUUAAAGCAGUAUUUUCUCAGGCUUAGCCUGAUUUUGUGAAGGAAUAAAUUACACCCUAAGAAUCUAACACUAACAGUAUGGGAAAGCUCAUAUGACAGUAUGCAGCAAACAUCUGUACUUGCAUGCAGGUUAGAAGGUAUUUUUUACUCUUACUAGUUGCACUCAGCAACUUCACCAGUCUGUAUGCUGCCCAGCUGCUUCAUUUUGUUGCUGACCCACAACUGACUGACUUGUUUGCUACUGGAAGUCAUGAAAUUAGCACUUGAUUUGAAAGAAAAUUUAAGAAACUAUUUUCUGCAUAUUUAUUUAUCGCUCUAUUAGGUAUUUAUCUGGUUGAAUGGAAAAGCAUUAUGUCUCUAAAGGUUUAUGCAAAAAGUGUUAUCAACCUGGAACAUCAGUUUUAAGUAAGUCUUUGAGUGUCAGCAGACUGCUUUGUAAUUUAAUAAUUGUAUAUUGUUAAGACUGUUGCUGUGUUUGUGAUUAAAAAAAAAAGUUUUUAUCUACCACUUGUCUUAAAUGCUGAUGUAUUACCAUUGUUUUUAAUGUCAUGUGAAGGUGUGUAUGGUUUGUGUUUUAAAUGUGACAUCCAAAUAGAAACAGUCCUGUCAUGGUUGGAAUUGUUUUAAGCGCCAUUUAUCAGCUUUGUGAAGGAGUAAUAGAUUAUUCCUUCAUAUGUAAUAAAACAUAAAUUUGACCUCACUUCAUUUCACACAUGCGUAACUGACAGCUUUUCCAAAUUUGGUUCAUCAGACUAGAAAUUAAAAAGACAGGAGGUAGUACAUUAUUUGCAGACAGCUCUGGAUUACUGUUUCUAUUUGUGUUCUCUAGAAAUUUGAUUUAAGAUGUUAUUAAUUUUGCUUUUUGUUCGUAUCCCUUGUUUUUCUUGGAUUUUUGUGUUAUUUUUUUCCCCUCCUUUCCCUACAACUUGCUGUUGCUGUUGUUCCUUUUAAAUUAUUAAACUGUUUUAAUCUCAA